AUGGCCGAGCGCGAUCUAUCCCCAACUUCAACAUCCUCUACGCUCUCGAACAUCACGGUGCGAACUGACAAGCAGGGCGAUGCUCGCGCCACGUCCAGCGCGUCGCCUUCCAUCUCGACGCCACCUACCAGCCUCGGCGACGAAGCCAGCGUCAUGUCCGAGAUGACGAAGAUCGAACAAGCUGUCGAAGUGUACGAGGAGGCUCCGGGCCUCCAAAUGCUCGGCGAGACCUCAGCGUCCGCGCAAACCACCACGCCCGACGCCGUCAACAACGAGGCCCGCCGCCCUGCUAGGAGCUCGCGCAAGUCCGUCACCACGUACAACGUGCAGAUUCUCGCCGGAACUGCGAUUCAUACGCCGACCAAAUACCUUGAGAAGCACCACAAGAAUGUCGUGCACGGCUCUCUCGAGGAGCUCGCGAGGAAGGAGAAAGCCACACCUAUGCGAAAGAAGAUGCUGAAGCGGAAGUCUGACAUGACUGAUGCCAGCGAUCAGGUCGAGGAUCAGCUGGCUGCCGAAGCCGCCCAGGCAGCACGACGUCGCACCUCCUCUCGCGUGACGGACCUUCGCAAGGAGGUCCUCCGCAAAAGCGGUGUCGGCGACACCGUCGCAAGCAUGUACUCAGGGGGAAAAGCUUUCGUUAAAAGCACUUUACGGCGCAGUACUUCAGAGCCAUCCUUCAAAUCCGGCCAAUCAGCUUCCCCCGCGGCUUCUCUCAAGCGGUCUCGCGAUGCCCUUGAGGAUGGAGACGCAGAUAGCCAAGACCAGGAAGGAAAGAUCUUCUCGCAGCCCAAGUCGAAAGUCUGGCUUAAGCAAGGUUUGUAUGUUGGCCAGGAUCGCGACUUUGAUCCUCGUCUCUCAGAAAGCCAGAACCGCGCGAAGAAGAGGGCCAAGAAACCAUGGCAGGCCACAAUCUUGCCCCUCCCGAUUUUUGCCUGCGAACGUCUAUUGAACGAGGACCCAAAACAUGUAUUCCGCGAUUUCAAGUUGCCAUUCGAUACUUACAGCCCUCUACCCAGAAAGGUUAAGGUCGACGGCUGGGUCAAACUCAACAAAAGUUCAUUGGCGACGCAUCUGCGCUGUGGAAACGCGACAAGCAAGACUCCUCCCAAUGCUAUUGCGAUGAAGAAGAUGGCUGUGGAGAGUCCUGUCACAAUCGGAUCAUGGCGUAUGAAUGUGACAAUACCAACUCUCAAGAAGCGUGCAAAAGGCAACCGUUAUGACUAUGGUGUGGAAGUUCUCGAUACAAAAGACCGAGGGUUCGGUGUUCGUGCUAUGCGAACGUUCGAGCCACACCAGAUCAUCGUAGAAUAUGCUGGAGAGAUCAUUACCCAGUCUGAAUGCGAGCGACGCAUGAAACAGGUCUACAAGAAAGACAAGUGCUAUUAUCUCAUGAGCUUCGACAACAAAAUGAUCAUUGAUGCGACUCGUGGGACUAUUGCUCGAUUCGUUAAUCACUCGUGUGAACCCAACUGCGAGAUGAUCAAGUGGACUGUGGGUGGAGAGCCUCGGAUGGCGCUGUUCGCCGGUCCCCGCGGCAUCAUGACUGGCGAUGAGCUGACUUACGAUUACAAUUUUGAUCCGUUUUCCCAAAAGAACAUUCAGGAAUGCCGCUGUGGCACUGAAUCAUGCCGUGGGGUCCUCGGUCCCAAGCCAAAGAAACCCAUUGAAGAGAAGUCAAUAGCUUCAGUGCUCAUCACAGGCACGAAACGCAAGCUGCAGGAUUUGCUCGGUCCUCGAAGGCCUGGUUCUGAAAGCACCCAAAGCUCCCCCAAGAAGCGCAGGAUGCUUGCAGGCAACUCAGCUAGCGCCAAGGCAAAAAAUGCUGUCGCUCGAUUGGAGUCUGCUCGUGAGCGAGUCGAGAGGGAAGCAGAUGCGCUGUCGCGCCAGAAUGCAUCCCGCGAAAACCGCGCUCUAAAGCGAUCAAGUUCCGGAACUCUUGAUAAACGUACGAGAGCAGCUAAUCUCCGGACGGCAAAGCCAUUUACCGUCAAAUCUACCCGACACACAACCGUCAGCUUUCAAAGGAAGGUUACUAGGCCUGGUGCACUGAAGAAGGUCAAGAAGCCUACUCGACCACUGUCAAGCAGAAAGGCACUUCGCUCCCAACGACCGAGCACGCCAAAUCGAGAAACGAGCACUGAGGUACUGGAUUCAGAGGAUAAUGCUUCACCAAACAUAACCCCUGCAUCUUUACGCAGCGCUUCUAAGAAAUCGCCUUACACCAGCCCUGUCUCACGAGAGCCUCUUGCAAAGGGCGCUACGACUGCAGUGAAAGACCGUGUUUCACACAAACCUUCAGUACGGAGCCUACGAGGAAGGUGA